CAGUGCCCGGCUUGAUUCAGAGGCUGACUGCCAUAAUAACUACGUACGUCAAAAGUACCCAGGCUGCCAGGCAUAAGCAUUCGCCGGAGAACAGCGACGGUGACGUCACAGCCACCGCCGCCUAUAACCAGCCCGCCAGCGACAACAAUCCAUCUCCCAUCCUCACCAACCAUCAGAAAAAAAUGGAGAAACAGCCCGCUACAAACUACGACGGCGCCCAGGCAACUGGCGUCCGCGUCGAUGACCCCAGCGCAGAUGGCCUGGAUCGCGACCGGGCGUACGAUUCCGGCUUCAAAUACCAGAUCCCAGAAGCGGAACAACAAAACACCAGCGAGCCCAGCUAUCAACCCCAUGCCGCAGUUGGGGCAGACAAACCAAAAACAGGAACCCAAACUGCAGGCGGAGAUAUAGGCGAGACCCUCGGCGGCGGGGUAAGGGGAGUUUUCGCGGGGAUCCAUGGCGCUGGCGAGUGGCUGCGUGGAGGCCUCAACUCUGCAGUCGACCGCGCCUUUGGCAGCGACGAAGGGGCGACCAGGAACGAUGCCAUCUCGCGCGCAGGCCAGGAGCAGAUCAGAACGGGCAAGUUUAGUGGCGAUACCCACGGCAAAUAAGUAAUGCAGCAAUGGACCUUGUGUACAUAAUAUCCCCAAAUCCGAAAUUCCGAUUUUUUUUUUUUUUUUUUUUUUUUUU